AUGAAAGCGCCAUCACUACCAGGUGAUGACCCAACACGAGAUCAAUUUAUCAAAAACUUAGUGAAACAUGACAUAGAUGUUAAUGAAUAUUGUUCCAUUUAUGAAUCAUCUUUAAUUCCACCAAAUAAUAAUCUUUCAAAUUUAACAUUAGAAAUCUUUGAACAUACUGCAUUUGAACAAGGAAAUUUUAUUAUUCAAAAUGCAAAUGCAUUUACUCGUCAAUUUCAUCAAAUUGAAAGUUUAGUUUUAGGUGCUCAACCAAAUCAAGUAAAUGGUAAACGUCAAUCUCUGAAUAUAAUAAAUCAAGCAAAUAAAUCACCAGUACAAUCUAGACAUACGACAGCACCCAUAGUCAAUGUUUUGCAUGAUACAGUUGAAAAAAGUCAAGAAACACAACGUGAUAGCUCAAUAAAAACAUCGUGUAAUCGACGGGGUACUAAUAUAACAGAAACUUUCACGGCUGAAGGAGAUGACUUAAUAGGGAAUAUUCAUAAUUCGUCUAUAACAAUACGUGAAACACUAGUUGAUGGUAGAGCUGAAUAUUCUGAUAUAUCAACACAAAAAAGCGUAGCAGAGAUCAUCAAUAAACAUGAAAAAGUAACCGAACAAACAGUUAAAAAAGUCAUGCAAAAUAUAACGACUGGAAAAUCUGUGAUUUAUACCAAGACAGAUUUAACCAUGAUAUAUAACGAACCACAUAUUCGACUAGAAGCAGUAAAACGUUUAGUUGAAGGUAAUCUGCUUCGAUAUGAAGAUAACUUUUGGGUCGAACCAACUCGUGCAAGAAGAGAAACAAAAAAAGAUUUUAGACGUAUAUUUCGUCCAGGAUGGUUAAAAAAUUGUCCAGCUUCUAAUUCAAAUGUAUCAAAAUUUGAUUUUAUACAAUCCCUACAAAAACAUGUAAAUCUUACUUAUGAUAAUUUUUUGAAAUCAUUUUAUCCUCAUUAA